GAAAUCAACACACGACGUUUCAAGGAGGCGACGCGAAGAAGAAAAACUUGUUUGUUAAUUCGGCGAACACAACUUCAGUGUCUGAGACGGUAAACAAAGCGAUUGAAAGAUGUCGUCAGGCGCUCUCUUUCCCAGCCUGGUCAGUGGCUCCAGGGGAAGCUCCAGCAAGUACCUGGUGGAGUUUCGUGCUGGUAAAAUGACCUUGAAGGGAAACACGGUGACACCGGACAAACGAAAGGGCACAGUGUACAUCCAGCAGUCUGAUGACUCCUUGAUUCACUUCUGUUGGAAGGACAGGACCACAGGAAAUGUUGAUGACGAUCUGAUCAUCUUUCCUGAUGACUGUGAAUUUAAGAGAGUGAACCAGUGCACCACUGGACGUGUCUAUGUGCUGAAGUUCAAGGCCGGAUCUAAGAGGCUGUUCUUCUGGAUGCAGGAGCCAAAGACUGACAAAGAUGAAGAGUACUGUCGUAAGGUGAACGAGUACUUGAACAACCCUCCCAUUCCCGGAGCACCUGGCAGCGGAGGUGGCAGUGGCCAUGAACUGUCAGCACUCGGAGGAGAGGGAGGCCUGCAAAAUCUGCUGGGAAAUAUGAGCCACAACCAGCUGAUGCAGCUGAUUGGACCGACAGGACUGGGCGGACUUGGAGGCCUAGGAGCUCUAGCAGGACCAGGACUGGCCAACUUGCUGGGCAGUGGAGGACCAGCUACCAGCAGCUCCUCCUCCAGCUCUCGUAGCCAGUCAGCAGCAGCCACGCCUUCUUCUGGUGGAGCUCCCAGACUAAGCUCCUCCCAAGCCCCCACCACCCCUGUAGCUCCUGCUGCCUCAGCUUCCUCCUCUACUGGGGUUGCUCCCUCCACACCAGCCUCAGCUCAGACACCAGUGGUCCCAGCCUCUGUUGGAAGUCCUUCUCCUCACCAGCCCAUCCAGCUCAGCGACCUUCAGAACAUCCUUGCCACCAUGAAUGUCCCAGCGACAGCGGCUGGUCAGGGGUCUGCGGUGGACCUUGCAAGUGUUUGCACCCCAGAGAUGAUGGCUCCCAUCCUGAGUAAUGCUGAGGUCCAGCAGAGGCUCCUGCCUUUUCUCCCCAGUGGAGAAAGUUUACCGCAGAGUGCCGAGGAGAUCCAGAACACCCUCAACUCACCUCAGUUCCAGCAGUCGAUGAGUAUGUUCAGCAGUGCCUUGGCCUCCGGGCAGCUUGGCCCUCUCAUGAGUCAGUUUGGUCUGCCAGCAGAGGCUGUGGACGCCGCAAACAGGGGAGAUGUGGAGGCGUUCGCCAAAGCCAUGCAGGACAGUAAAGGAGACUCCAAAGAGAAGAAAGACGAUGACGAAGACAUGAGUCUGGAUUAAAGCUCAACCUGCUGAGUGUUAGAAAAUCUGUGAUUCCUUUUCUGCUCUUUUCUUCUUUACCUCCCCAUCUUCAGUGUUGUCUUAAACUUUUCUAUACCAAAAGCAACACUCUGCUCCUACUCAGGACGGACAGCACAGGGUUAGCAGAGCUGCAAACAGAUGAAAGUUGGUUCAGUUUUUACUGUGACCACCAUGUCGAGGUUUCUGUUUGACCUGUGUUUGUCAGCAGCUCUGCUUCAUUCUAUUGACCAUAAGUUUUACUCUGAAGGAGAGAGGUAGUUUUUUUUUUUAAAUAAAGGGGGGACUGAGCCUUAAGUUUUUUUUCUGUUGUUACAGCACAAUGCUGACUGUCAGAGCCUGAGUGAGUGCUGAUACUUUCAGGCUUUUUUGUGACUAACUCUUGAUAAUAAAACGAUCACAAUGCA